AUGUCUCUCCUGGGGACAAUAAACCCCAAUCUGAAUCCAGAGAGAGAGUGGCAGGAGACAAACAACGAGCAUCGAACCCCACAUCACGGGGAAGAAGCGAGCGUGGACACGGGCGAGACCGUCUUUGGACGAGGGCACGACGGCAUUGGCGAUGCCAGCGUCGUCGAGGCAGAGGUCAGUCGGCUGGCCCGUCAGCUGACUCGCCAGUCGACGCAUUUCUCGACCAAAGGCGACCUCCCCAACCCGUUCCUACAUCCCGACCAGGAUCCCACGCUCAACCCCAACAGCCCCGAUUUCAGCCCCCGUCGCUGGAUGAAGGCGCUGCUCGCCAUCCAGUCGCGCGACCCGGAGAGAUAUCCGCGACGGACAGCCGGGGUCGCCUUCAGGAAUCUCAGUGUCCACGGCUUCGGCAGCCCAACGGACUAUCAGAAGGAUGUGGGCAACGUGCCUUUGCAGAUUGGCUCCCUGUUCCGUUAUUUUACGGGAACAGGGAAG